AGCAGCAGUUGUAGCAGCAGGAGAGGAGGCAACAAAUACCAGCAAAGACACUCCGAGGGAGAAACAGCUCAAGAGUACUGACAAGAUCAUCAAGCCACAUUUCAACAGCAGAAGCAAAGCAUUUCAAGGACUUCACCUUCACCAUUGAGCCAGUGAAAUGAGUUCUUCAGAAAAGUUGAAAGAGACGGACACAGGCGGGAGCAGACCGCAUCAGUGUCAGACGUGUGAAAAAUCAUUCAGUCGAAUAUGUAGUCUAAGAAGACAUGAACUCACCCACACUACAGAGGAGCUGUACCACUGUGAGGAAUGUGACACUGCUUUCAGUGAAGUAAGUGCAUACAAGCUACACCUGCAGACCCACACCGAAGAAAUGCCACACUGCUGCGAACAGUGUGGGAGACAUUUCAGCGACCAGAGUUCGUACAAAAAGCACCUGCGUGAUCACACUGGACCAUACCAGUGCGACCAGUGCGAAAAGACUUUCACUUACUUCAGUAUUUACAAGAUACACAUGCGUGUCCACACUAAAGAAAAGCCAUACUGUUGUGACCAGUGCCCGAAGAGUUUUAGUUUUUUAAGUUCAUACAAGCGACACCAGCUUAGCCACAGCGGAGAGAAGCCAUACCAGUGUGACUUCUGUGGAAAGAGUUUCACCCAGUCAGGGCAUUUCAGUCUGCAUCUGCGUAACCAUACUGGAGAGAAACCAUAUGAGUGUGAGCAAUGUGAUAAAAGUUUCAGUGAUCUAAGUAGUUACAGGAUCCACCUUCGUGUCCACUCAGGAGAGAAACCGUACUGCUGUAGUCAGUGCGGGAGGAGUUUCUCUCAGUUAGGUAAUUACAAAUCACACUUGCGUAUCCACACCGGAGAAAAACCUUUCCACUGUGAACUAUGCGAGAAAAGCUUCUCUAUUUCAAAGACAUACAAGCAACACGUGCGUACCCACACUGGAGAGAAACCGUACAAGUGUAAGGAAUGUGGGAAAGGCUUCGGUCGACUCAGCAACUACAUGCGCCACGUUCGUAUCCACACCGGAGAGCAACCAUACAGCUGUGACCAGUGCGGUAAAUGUUUCAACAGCUCAUAUAGUUACACUCGACACCUGCGUGUCCACACUGGAGAGAAACCAUACUGGUGUUCACAUUGUAAGAGGCUGUUUACGAGAUCACAGUCCUUGAAGAAACACCGCUGUAUUGCAGUAGAUGAAGACAGUUUUCCUGUGUGUAAAAAUGAAGAAGAGCAACUAAUCUGUUCAAUAACAGAACCGACAAAUGACAACCAACAAAAUAAUCUAUAGUGUGUAGGAGUGGGCGAUAUGCCCAAAUAUUCUGUCAUGAUAUGUGUAAUCUUAUAUUACAGUAACAAUAUAUAUCACAAUAACGUAAUUGUUCUGUUGAUUUCAUUUAGAAAUUGUUUAAGAGAAUCAUACUGUACUUGGUCACAUUUUAUUUUCUUAUAGACUAGAGCCCCUUUUUAUAGAAAAAAAUCAAAUUGAUGACUUUAUCAAAGAUAUGGUGAAUACCUUUGGAAAAAGUGGGUUGAUUCAUUUUAUUUUUUCUGUUCAUUGUGAAAAGCUGUUUUUUCAACACUAACCGUGCUAACAAGUUUGCUGGUCUGCCAAUGUCAAAUAUUUUUUUUAGCAAAACUUGACAUUAAUAUUUGUAAAGGACUGUGUUCACUUUAGAGAUGAAACCAUUAAGGCCAACGAUUAUAUGUAGGAAUCUGGAGCUCAGGUCACAGAUAGAACCUGAUAUCUGAAGUCGGGACUCGUCUGUAAGCACCUGGCCCGGGUCCAGGACUGAGUCCCAGUGUCCCCUGUUAAAGCCGUAUGUUGCUUAUGUCAUCAGUCAGUUGUUGCAGUCUUCAUCAUGUCAAAACUUCACUCAUAACACUAACUAACUGUCUCCAUCCUGUACUCAUUAAAACAUUUCUCUGAGCAUCACUGAAGAACAAAAACAUGAUCAGAUUUAAGCAGGAGGAAUAUGGCUUUGCUUUAUUUUAAUUCAAAAUUUGUUUUAGAUAUUAACAUAAAGAAUAUGUUGGAAACAUGUUAUUUAAGUUGUGGUAAUGGAAAUGUCAGGUAUAUUUACAAGCCUGCUUCCAUAACUGUUGGACGCUGUGUAAAAUGUACAGAAA